AUGAAAAUGGACCUCCGCCUCAUUGCCAUUGACAAAAAUCAAUGUGAAAAUCAUGGGUAUGGUGAGGUUGCCAAACAAUGCUCAGUUCCAAAAUAUUUCAGAGAUAAACGAAAGGCCGUUAUUGCCUGUAAAGCAUUGCUCAACUCGAUUAUUACUUCCAACGCAAUUGACCAAGAAAAAGAAAGCAUAUUCAUUCCAUAUCUCAUAGUAAUGGGCUUUGAAAUGCAUAUAUGUGUUGUACACCUCGAAUCUGACCAUUUCUAUAUCACCCAAAAAGUAAAAAGCAUCGUCUUCCCUUCUAGACUAGCGGACCUUGGUGAAGAAUCUAUUGAAUUGGCAAAUGGUCUUUUGGAUCUCGUUGCGAUGUGUGAAGCGAUAAAGAAGCAAGCUUGUAGUGCCACAGUAAAACAAAGAGGAUAUGGUACCAGUAAGACUGUUUGGGACAAUGUGGAUGAACAUGAGUUGGAAGACGAGAUCAGCGAUGAUGAAGUUGACGACGAUGAAGUUAAUGAUGAAAACGACGAGGAAGAUAAUGAUGAUGAAGGCAAUAAUGUUUAA